AUCCCGACGCGAGUCAUCCGGGCCGGUGUUACCGCUCUCGUGGGGCAGGAGCUCAAUGUUGAGCAUAGUGGGUCCGGAACCGAACUUCUGGCUGGGCGAGCCAACAUCCGCCGGAACCGAGCAUGCAAACCAGCCUUGGACAGAAAACACCAUGCGCCCUAAACCGCCAUAGCAUCAGAGCGAAAGCAACAUACAAAUGGCUGUCUACGACGUGACUUGGGGUGUGGAAUGAUUGCUGUCAUUCUUUUUGGGCAUGUACACAACAAGCCUGCAUGAGAUCUCCGCAUCACAGCGGGAUAAUAGGGAAAUACUGCAGGCAAUGGCCGGUCGUGACAAUCCCGACAAUCGAACUAUGGGGCCGACGACGUAUUCUUAUGGUCUGUGCCUUGGCCCAAGGCGUAUAUUACCUGCUGGCCACCGUGCUGCUGCGCUUCAGUGAUGAGAACGGAGGCGCCAACAAGCAUGUUUAUGGCUCUGCAGCGGCGACCUUCUUUUUUUGUAUACUGCGUCUUCUUUGGCCAUGGUUUUCAAGACAUCGGAUGGUUACUCCUGGUCGAGCAUACUUGAAAGCUGGCUCCUCCCGCGUCAGGGUACUGGUACGCCAAGCUCAUACAUCAACGGUUACCAUCUCAAGGGCUAUUAUAUGCUUACUCAAAAGCAAAUAGCGGGAAACGAUAUUCACAUCAGAUACAUCAAAUGUUACGAUUUCAUUUCAUGACAAACGAGUU